AUGGAGCCUGGACCAAGAUGUCGGUGCAAACCUGGGUUUGAGGGCAAUAUUACUCGGAAUGGCAUGUCUGUCUCCGGCCGCUGCGAGCCGGCACCUUGUGGCGUUCGAAAUUCCAAUUCCGGGCUAGGUCCAGCGUGUCGUUGUGCAAAGGGUUUUUUUGGUCUCAUCAUGUGGAGUGGCGCCGUGGCUUCCGGAUCAUGCGUGCCUGGACCUCUGUGUUCCAGCAGCAUUGCAUUCUUCACGCACCUCCAGGCAGAUCUGGAAACCAGCGGUACAGGCACCGGUUCCUGCAAAGCAGGGCAGGCAGUACUGGCUCGAGGCCAUGCAGAUAUUGAAUUCGGGAGGGAGGGUAUCUCUUGGACCCUGGCGGAGCCUAUGCCACCGAAUUCUUGCCACCUGGACAGGUCUGCCGUACAGAUGCUGGCAGACAAUUAUUCGUUUCCGGCUGGGUGUUCCGCCACACCAGCCCAACCCCGAUGCUCCUCAGAUAUCGUGUACCCCAUCACCGUCGUCAAUGCCUCGCAGCACUCUUGUUCGAAUUGCAACGUGGAUGGGUAUGCCCAGGUGGAGUUCCGAGGUCGGCUUUGUGGGUACGACCUCAUCCAGUGGGACUCCUUCACCGUUUCACCUGGCUCGUCUGCGUCGUGCGACUGCUUCUUGCACCUUAAGUGUGGCCAGCCACCGACUGACGAACUUCCACGAUCUUGUAACCACUUCUCUGAGCCUGCGGUUUUGGAGUUCAUGGAGGACAAUAUCACCUUCAUGUACAUGCUUUUUGACAGUGGCGUGGCAUCUUUGUCCAGUGGCAACGCUGAGUGGCAGGCAAGGGAAGCUGCUACUGCUACUACUAGCUCACGAUCCGAUGCUUGGUACUUUGAUGGGGAGUGCCUUUCGGUGCCAAGGGCUCCUCCAUCUCCCGACUGGAUAAUCCGGCUUGUGAUUAACGAUGGAUCCGUUUUCAAUUCUACAGAAGAUGGAUUGGUGAGAGUUGCUGGGGUGCCUCCACUCUGGUGGUCAUAUAACUUCCAGAAGGAUGCCACGUUGCCCGGUCCUUUCAAUGCAGAUAAACUGCUGGGGCACAAGGUCGUGUUUGGCUCCCUCGGUGUCUGCUACAGCGCAGAGUUGGGCAGGGAGUUCUUGGCAGUCCCUGCGCAGGGAGAUUGUGCUUCCCAGAACUUCGCCUCAGAUAUGGGCACCAGGUACGUGUACCUGUCUUCAGCCUAUGGGAUCCAAAGCUACCGUUCCGAGCGGAGCUGUUUCCCUCUCGCAGCCUUCGAAGAGCUGCAGCUGGAGGUGGUGGAUGUUACAACAGCAAAAGGCGACGACAACUUCACGGUUUCUAUCUCUCCAUGCCGAACCUACGUCCGCUUCGUCGUGGAUGCCGAGCCCCGGCAGUCGCAUUGCCGAAACAUGGCGAGGAUGACCCAUGGCUGA